CUCCACAGGGCUUGUGAAGGGGGAUGGCCAUGGAGCUCUGCCCUGAAGAACAGUACUGGGAUUCUCUGCUGAACAUCUGCCUCUCCUGCAAACCUAUUUGCAGCCAUCAGUUUCCACGCACGUGUGCAGCAUUCUGCAAGUCACUCAGUUGCCGCAAGGAGGAAGACAGGUACUAUGAUCAGCUCCUGAAGGAUUGCAUCAGCUGUGCUUCUGUCUGUGGACGUCACCCCAAGCAGUGCACAUACUUCUGUGAGAACAAGUUUAGGAGCCACGUGAACCUCCCACCAGAGCUCAAGAGACAGCGGUCUGGGGAAGCUGAAACCAGGUCAGAUGACUUGGGAAGGUACCAGGGAACAGAGCACAGAAGCUCAGAGGCAGGCCCAGGGCUGAAGCUGAGCGCCGACCAGUUGGCCCUGGUCUACAGCACGCUGGGGCUCUGCCUGUGUGCAAUCGUCUGCUGCUUCCUCCUGGCUGUGGCCUGCUUCCUCAAGAGGAGAGGGGACCAGUUCUCCUGCCAGCCCUCAGCGGCACCAUGUCGGACCCAGGCCAAGUCCUCCAAGGAUCACUGGAUGGAAGCUGGAAGCGCCGCGGGCUCGCCGCCAGAGCCGGUGGAGACGUGCAGCUUCUGCUUCCCGGAGCGCAGGCAGCCCACCCAGGAGAGCGCGGGCGCGUCCCCAACCCCCGACGCCGCGCCCUCGGGGAGGUGGGGGCGCCUCGGCCGGACCGCGACCGCACAGCCCUGCGCGCGCGCCCCAGAUGGCGGCCUUGAGGUCCUGUGCGCGCCCGCCGAGGAGGGAGGCCCCACCGCGUGACACGGAGGAAGGGUCACCGUCACCUACACACCUGCAGUGAAGCCAUCCAUGCCUGCUGGACAGAGUUCCCGAGAGCCCUUCUUUAGAAAUAAAACCUUCCGCGGCUGCCCACUCCUCCCUAUCCCUGCUUUUGGUCGUGUCUCCCCUGUGAUGCCUCUGGACGUCCCACGUCUCCCGCUGCCUCCCCGGGCUCAGGGCUCCACCGCAAGGCGGCCGCCGGGUUUCCGAGGACCUGCCAGCUGAACGUCCCACCAGGCUCAAGACCCACCCAGCUUGCGGACCUGCGCCUGGUGGGAAGCGGAGGGUACACGGUGGGCGGGGAGUCUGCGGGAGCUUCCGUUUAAGAGCGAAAGCCAGAGUCGGGUGGUCCUCCUGCUGGAGGGCGGGGCUCCCCUGCAUUUCUUUUACAAAAUAGAUUCUCCACCAUGCCUCCUUAGGCUUGACGCAGCAGGGGAAAGCCGUGCGCCCUGUGUGUGCAUGGGUUUGCACGUGUGUGUGAGUGUGAGUGUGGGUGUGUAGUGGGGCAUGAGAUAGACAGGACGGGACAGACUGAGCCCAGAGCCCGCAGCUGGUGU